GCCGCAGUGGUGAGCUACCUGUCGAACGCCCACUGGCCGCAGACUCGCCUUUUUGCGUCUGGCGAGCGGGGCCACUCUCGCUGCUGCGCCUGCGGCGAGGCGCGUGGCAGCCUCUGGCACAGGCUUUUCGAGUGCCAAGCCCUGGCCGCAGAGAGGAGGGACUCGCUGCCCGCCCGCCUUCUGCGCUGCGCCACCCGGGUGAGGCAGCGAGGUGAGGAGGCAGGGGAGUGCUUCUCCAGGUGCUGGCUGCCGCAGCCCCCGCAAACGGCCUGGAGGUCGGACGCGAUGGCAGUCAUGUGGGUGGACAGGCCUGCCGACGGGCUGCUAGGCGGCCGCCUCUACCUCGACGGCUCGGCGCUCGACCCUGAGUUCGAGUGCAUCCGCAGGGCUGGCUGGAGCAUCGUGCAGUGCGACGAGUACGGCAACAUGCAGGCGGCGGUGUACGGCACGGUCCGCCUCGACCUGUGCCCCUUCCAGACGGCGAAGGACGGCGAGGACUUCGCGUUCUGGAUGCUGAGCCGCUACCUCGGGCCUUCGAUCAUCGAGCUCAACAUCGACUGUGCGUCCACGGCCAGCUGCUUGAAGCUCGGCAGGAAGUAUACGACGGCGGCCAACAAGCCUAAUGCGCACCUGUGGCCGGCCGUCUACGCCUCACUUGACGUGGACUCGCUCAAGGUGAACAAGGUGGCGGCCCACUGCACCGAGAUCGAUGUUCGCGAGGGCAGGAUCUCGGAGGCGCAGUGGCGUGGGAACGCCCACGCCGGCAGGCUGGCGAAGGCGGGGGCGGCCCUCCACAGGGUCAGCGCGGCUGCCAGGCGCGAAUUCUUCGGCACGAUUGAGGUCGUGAGAGAGCUCUCCAGGUGGAUCGCGCAGGCCUCGAUCGUCUGGCAGGGCAGGGCCUCCAAGGACUGCGAGGGCCUCCCUGAGGGCGACGAGCGAAGGACUGCUGUCACCUUCGCGGUCCCGCUGGAGGAGCGUGCUGACGGCCUGCUGGCGGCCCCCGCGAGCGGUUCGCGUGCCGCGCCCGCCGCCGUGGAGGCCCGCGGGGAGCAGGCAGGCAGCCGCCCCGCCGCUGAUGGCGCCUGGGCCUCGGCGGCGCGCGACGGCGGAGUGGCGCUGGGCGCCCUGGUCUUCGCCUUCGCGGGGCACACCCUCGCGUACGCCAGGUGCGGUGAGGACGGCGCUGAGCAGGAUAUCAUCGCGUGCACCAAGUGCGGAGCGUAUGCGAGGCUAGGCGGGCGCUCUGGCUCGCAGCCCAAGCUGAAGGAGCGUUGUCCUGGUGCAACGGGCCUCCCCAAGUCGCUGCGGGACCAGAAGUCGCGGUGGGAGCGUGGCCUCCACCCUGGGGGCACGCCGCACGUCCGCAACACGCGGACGAAGGGGGCGGGCCCCCCCCGCCUUCGCAAGGAGGCCGAGGUGCCGCAUGACGCCAGGGUGCGCUUCCUGAAGUGGCUCGGAGUCCAGCCUGAUGCCCCAGCAGGCGAAGAGCGCUCCGCCUCGGUGGCUGGCGCUGCUGGGGGCGGCGCUGGCGGUGCGGCCUCUUCCUCGACAGAGGCGCCUGUUGCGGCUGGAGGUGCCGCGGCGGGUGCGGGAUCGCGGCAGGCCUGGCUGGGAGCCUACGGCCUCGAUGAGGAGAGCCUUCAGAGCUGGGCUGCGGAGGCCGAGGAGGCCCGAGCUGAGCGUCAGAGCAGGAAGCGGCGCAGAGAUGACGGAGAUGGAGGUGAUUGAGUCCUCGCUGGCCCCAGCCUUGGGGCGCUCGGACCGCGCGAACGCGCGUGUGCCGAGCUUUCGCUGCUCCUGGCUGUGGAGCGCCAGCCUGCCUCUCCUCCUGUCCUCCCUCUGCGUUCUCCUCCUGUCCUCCCUCUGCGUGUGGGACCCCUGGUGGCCGCGGGCCUCGGCGCGUGGGCGUGAAGUUUCUUGCGCCUCGCCUGCCUCGCCCUGCCGCCUGGGGCAGUG